CCUCCUCCUCCUCCUCCCCGCCCAUCUCGGUGACACCGUGGCCCGCGCGUGCGCAGAGCGGCGGUACCGGUACCGGGCAGCGCGGGGCACCAUGGCCGUAGGUACCGGGACCUCGCUGGCGUUGUCCUCGCUGCUGUCGCUGCUGCUGUUCGCCGGGAUGCAGAUGUACAGCCGGCAGCUCGCCUCCACCGAGUGGCUGACGAUCCAGGGCGGGCUGCUCGGCUCCGCGCUCUUCAUCUGCUCCCUCACCGCUUUCAACAACCUGGAGAAUCUGGUCUUUGGGAAGGGCUUCCAGGCGAAGAUAUUCCCGGAGAUCCUCACCUGCCUUUUGCUGGCUCUCUUUGCCUCUGGCCUCAUCCACCGAGUCUGUGUCACCACCUGCCUCAUCUUCUCCAUGGUCGGGCUCUACUACAUCAACAAGAUCUCCUCCACCCUCUACCAGACCGCAGCUCCUGUCACUGCCCCUGCCAAAGCUCUUGGCAAAGGCAGGAAGAGGAAUUGACACCCGGCAGCCCCCUCCCCACAGCCCCCCGAGCCCCCCAAUAAAGCCUUUUGUUUGUA